CAGCGAAUAGCUGCGCAUCGGUGCGAUCGAUCGUUAGAACACUGAGCCGAGGAAAGCGUAUUUCCACUUGCCCGACCAAAUUUUCCUCGCACUCGCGACGGCCAAUGAAAAGUGCAGUGAAUCCCCCUUCGAUUCCGAAAUACUGAUUUCCCAUUUUUUUUUUCUGUUGCACGGUGCGCCAGUGCGAAAAGAAAAGUGCUAAUUGUGCAAUUGAUUGACACGAUCGAUCUAUUUUAUCGGUGGCAGUGCGAGGAUCGGAUCAAUAGAUCACUGGAGUGCUCGCGAAACAUGAAGUCUGCCGUCGCGAAUUGAAAGGCAUAAAUAAGAGGCAGCAAAAGGCAGAGCAGCAGACGCAGUUCGCAGAUCGCAGAUCGCAAACAACAAACGAGUGAAGAAGCGAAAAAAUGAUGCCGCCAAGCCUGCCAGGCAGCCAGGGAGCAGCCACGACCAGGAGCAGGAGCAGCAACAGGAGCAGCAGUGGCCACCACUUAACGCACACGGCGGCAAGCACAACGUUUCACAAGCGUCGGCGGAGGCGACAGCAGCACCACAUCAGUGGCAGCCACAUCGGCCUCAGUCCCGGCAGCUACCUGGCCCUGCUCUUGCUCUCCACCACCUGCACCCUGGUGGCCACCAGCUCAUCCAGCUCCUCCUCCGCCUCCGCUGCAGACACAGGCCUCGCGCCACCGGAUCCUCCUCCGGCCAGUCAGGUGUCCAUCUCCUCCAGCUCGCCCUGCGCCCCCCAGCACUGGUGGGACUCGCAGCGGGAUCGAUGCACCCCGUGCACCCGCUGCCAGGGCGAGAUGAUACCACUGCGGCCCUGCCAGCUGCACACGGACACCAUCUGCGGCUCCAUAUACGACCUCAAGAUCGACUGGGUGGUCCUGGCCAAGACCGAGCCCAACUGGAAGGAGCGCCGAAAGUCGCCAGAGUACGAGCACUUCGAGCACAAUGCCCCACUGCAGCACCUGACCCACGAGCAACUGCAGCAGCUGCACGAGGAGGCGGCCGCCGCCUGGGUCCUCGACUGGCAGACCGGCGUCCUCUACGUGGCCGUGCUCACCUGCCUGGUCUUCUUCUCGGUGGCCGCCUGCAUCCUCAUCCACCACAUGCGCCAGUGGCGGCGCAUGGAGCGUCGCCUGGAUCAGGAUGUGGAGGAGCUGUCGACCAAGCUGAUGGCCAAGCUGGCGGAGGUGCAGAGCCUGGACGGAGGCACCUUCUUCAUCGGCAACGCGGACGCCUUGCGAGGACUGCCCGCCUCCGCAGCGGCGUCGCAUGCAGCAGCGGCACAGUCGGGAAUCUUCCAGCCGCAACACGUGCUGCUGCCUGAGAAACGCGGCAAGCACCAGGAGCGACGGAUCCUGAAGACCCUCCAGCCCGGCAAUGUCUACAUCGAGGAGAGCAACGCGGGACUGGGCGGCAUGGGCGUGGGCCUGGGCAUGCGGGGGGGUGCCGGCCCCAAGGGCUGAGCCAGGGGGGCAUACUUAAGGAGUGGCGACGGAGGAGCAAGGAUGAAGCAUAAACGUAACAGGAACCGAGACCGAAACCGAAACCGAAACCGGAACCGGAUGGAGAAGAACUUUGUACAAACAGCCGCUUAAAGGAGGGACGGAAGGGAACCGAAACUAUUAUUAUUUUUUAUAUUAUUAAUCUUAUUCUAAUUAUUACGAUUUUUUUUGUCCUAAUAUUUAAUUGAAUCGUUAUGUUGACUUGUUUGUAAUGCGCGGACAGAUGAGGACGCGGGUUUCCCGUUGUGGGGGAAUCCCGGGCGAUGCGGCGGAAUGUUCUGUACAUAGAGAUGAGGCAUGUGGCACCCACCCACGUAUAUGAUUAAAACGAUUAUGAUUAACAAAUUUCUACUUAAUGUAAAUAUUAAGGCGAUCGACACGCGAACCCAACGUAACGAGAACGGAGCGGAAUGGGACGGAACGAAACCAAGCAAUAUCGGCAACAUAUCAGCUACUAUAUAGACCGCAUAUAGACGCGCGUAUUGUUAACAUCACCUAUCCCAUAUCCCAUCAUCACACACCAUACACGUAACCAAGUUAAAAUAUCAAACGAGAGCAUUUUCCGGCUAGCUGCUACCGAGCUUAAUCGAAUUAACUGUAACAGUAAUGGUAAAGAUACAGAUAUAACUACUUAUAAUAAUGAUAAUUAACGGAUAACUAUAUCGAUAGGGAGAAAUGUCUAUGUCCUAAGUGCUAUCAGUGUGCAACAGCAAUAAAAAGUUUUAUGAUUAUACGAGAA